AUGGGGGGCUCGGGGGCGGGGGACGGCCCGCGGGUGCUGCGGGUCCUCACCGGGUGCCUGCUGGGCGCCCUGGUGCUGAGCACGCUGGUGGGCAAUGCGCUGGUGUGCCUGGCUGUCCUGCGCUUCCGCAACCUGCGCGCCAAGGUCACCAACUGGUUCGUGCUGUCACUGGCCAUCUCGGACCUCUGCGUAGCCCUCCUGGUGAUGCCCUGGAAGGCGGUCACUGAGGUGGCUGGAGGCUCCUGGCUCUUCGGUAGCCGCUUUUGUGACACCUGGGUGGCUUUUGACAUCAUGUGCUCCACCGCCUCCAUCCUCCACCUCUGCAUCAUCAGCCUGGACCGGUACUGGGCCAUUGCCAGCCCCUUUCGCUAUGAGCGCAAGAUGACGCAGCGCCUUGCCUGUGCCAUGAUAGCCAUGGCCUGGGCCCUCUCCAUCCUCAUCUCCUUCAUCCCAGUGCAGCUGCACUGGCAUAAAGCCAAGGACAGGGGAUAUCCAGGUUCCUGGUUGCCUGGGACACCCCGAUGUGAUGUCAGAUUGAACCGCACUUACGCCAUCACCUCCUCCCUUAUCAGCUUCUACAUCCCUGUGGCCAUAAUGAUCAUCACCUAUACCAGGAUCUACCGAAUUGCCCAGGCCCAGAUCCGCCGUAUCUCCACCCUUGAGAGAGCAGGGGGGCAGUGGCCAGCUCACAGCAAGGAGCCCACCUCUUUGCGGAAUUCCUUGCACAAGGAGACCAAGGUCCUGCAGACUCUCUCUAUCAUAAUGGGAGUCUUUGUUUGCUGCUGGCUGCCCUUCUUCCUGCUCAACUGUCUGCUGCCUUUCUGUCAACCCACGCUAGAGAAAGGCCAUGAAGGACAGUCACCCUGUGUUAGCCAAACCACCUUCAACAUCUUUGUGUGGUUUGGCUGGGCCAACUCUUCAUUGAAUCCAGUGAUCUAUGCUUUCAACGCAGACUUCAGGAGGGCUUUCAGAAACCUCUUGGGCUGCUGGUGCUUCUGCUGUGGCACACCCAAAUCCACUGUGGAGAGGGUCAACUUCAGCAAUGAGCUGGUUUCCUAUCAUCAUGACACCACCUACCAGAAGGAAGGAGCUGCCUCGUUGUCAGUACCUCCUGCUGCUGUCACCACCUGGGUACAGCCCAUUCCCCAUGCCAUAAGCCUUCAGGGAGAGGACAGCAGUGAGAUGACUGUGGAGAAGAGACUCGUGACUUCCCCGACACAGGCUGCCCCUGGGAGCAGCCUCAAGAAUUGUCAGGUACCAGCUAUUUUGCAACUGGAUUGCAAGACACAGCUAUCCCUGGAAACUGUUGCCCCCUGUACAGGACUUGGUCAGUGUGAGGGACCCCAUUGCCUUGUUUCAGAGGGAUAAGUGUGCUUUCACACACACAGGCACUCCACAGAGAAAGUUCACUCUGCCUCCAUGUAAGCUACACCUGUGCCCCAGCACAAAAAGUCCCAUUCCAGAGGGAAUGGAAAAAAAAACACAGAGGGGUGAUGGGCAUUUGCAAUCCAUUCCAGAGGCAUAUAGCAGACACAUAUUAACUUCUUCCCAUGGCUACCAUCACCCUUUACUGUCACAGUCAGUAGAUAUCUCACAUGCAUUUGUUCACCCUCACUCUUCAAUCAAACUUGAGAUAUUUAUUAAGAAUAGUGAGAUAAUUAUAUCAAAAUGAAAAUAGCUCAUAGUUUGAGACACUAUAAUACAAGCUUAAGUUAAUCUCAGGUUUAUCUUCACUGCUAAAACCUUUUCCCCCCCUCAUGGUUUCAUACAUGUUCAUAAACGUGGUCUUAAAUGUUUGUGGUUUUACUUUUGUGAUUAUUUCAAAGCCAUGUAUCUGGAUUCACACAUCUGAAUCUGUGUUUAUGUUCUUAAAUAAAUAUUGCUCUGUUAAAACAUUGCUAUCUGAUGUCGAGUCAAAGGACUGCACAAAACCCUGGAAAAUUAAAAUGCUUUUAUGUAGGACACCCUACGCAGUUUCAGGUGUCUAACUCUGGCAUCCAGUCUUAAUGAAAUUGAGUUAGGGUAUUCCUCCUCCUCAAAUGUUAGAAAUAUAUUAUUGUAUUAGACUGAAGCUACGUAAGGAUGGUGUUUGAGAACUAACACUACAGCUCCAGAGAGAUUUAAACUGCUAUCAGCUGAUGCAGCUGCAAUCCUUCCUUUGUCCUACUACAUCAGGCCAAUCCUUCCAGAAAGCAAGCUGGCCCACAAAAUAAGAAGUGACCAGGUCAUCUCUCUGAACCCAUUUAACUACUUGCAGAUAUAAAGAGCAAUAAAAGGCAGAGCAAAUGGGUGUUGGAUGGCUUGCAGGAGAGAAAAUACUGGGGGAAAUUUAUGGUCAUUUCUGUCUGUGUAAAAGGGUUCAGCAGACAGUAAGAGAAUACAGUGGCACCUCACUAUCCUCUGCUUCUCUGUCCACUACUUAAGAGUUCUGCUGCUAACCACCAUCAUUUAUCCAUUUCUUCUGUCCCUCACCUAUGAUUGACUGACCUUGAUUUGUCUAAGGAAGAUGAUGAAGAUGCAACUGUCCAGAUAGAGACAUCAAGAGGGCUUACACCGUAAGAGUUUUCUUGGACAUUCAGUCUCACAGAUGGUAUAGCUGAUAUCUUUCAGAAUAGUGAUCCAUGCUGAAAAGACAACAGCAGAAAAGAUGGACUCUCCUCCCAGUGAUUCUGCUCCUGCUUGCUGUGAUUUUAAACUAUGUGUAAUUCUUAAGUCCCUGUAUGCAUUUCCCCCAUCAUUCAUUCUUAUGGGAAAAUGUGCUUUUGCUAUCCUGCUCUCGUCCAGAAUGUGUCCUUAAGGAAUAGCUGGGUGUGAUUGCAAUCUGUUCUUCACAGCCAUCUGUGCCAGGACAGCAGGUAAUGGGCUUAACUGUAAGAAAGACCAAGACGAGACUUUAGAAAAACUUCCUAAGAAUAAGGAUAAUUAAGCACUGGAGUAGAUGACCUAGGAAGUUUAUGGCAUCUCUGUCAGUAAAAGUCUUUAAGAUGACAUUGUAAACAUCUGUCAGAUAUGACAGUGACUUUGUUAAUCUUGUCUUGGGGCAGAGGCAUAGUGUAAUGGUCUCUUUAGAUAAUUUCUAGUCUUGCUUCACUAUGACAACAUUGAGCUUAAGAUGUUUGAUUUUUUUUGCAUGCAACGAUCCUUAGAUAUUUUCUCAAAGGCAAAAAAUGUACAGAUGAGAACUUUCAAGAUGCCACUGGUAUAUUUCCUUUCUCUUAGCAGUUACCCAUUUUCCUUAGCAUUUACCAGCUAUCAUUCAGAAUCCCCAGUGUCUCAUCUGGAGAGCAGUAAACCUAGUAUUUCUUUAAAAGAGGUACAUUUCUUCUGAUUCCCUUUGAUUACAUUCUAGGUGAUCAUGGAUUCAGAUGUUAGAAGUUCAAUGAAUUUGUGAGAGGAUUUUCUUGAUACCUUUCUUUCUUCUUACACAAAACAGAAACACAAAUUUUAAGGAUGUCAGAGUCUCUUACCUGCUUCAAAAUAAACCCCAAAAUUAUAUUUUCAAGGUCUAAGAGACAUCUCAUCAAACCCUCUCUACGCUAAAAUUCAUCCUGGGGAUAUACUGACACACCUGGCAAGGUACUAUCCUGAAGUGUGGCUCCCCCACUGCCUGUUAUUCUGUUUCUGUUGCAAGAGCUUCAGCUGGCUCCAUCUCAGAGAGUUAGUUGUCCCUGCCCCACACAUCUUCCAUCUCAUGUGCAAGCAGUCUUCUGGCAGUUGAAGCCACACACACAAUUAUUAUUUACAGGAGAUUUUAAAAUUUUUUUUUCUAGUAUGUGUACAGUCUCAUUAUUAGUGAUAAAAGAUAUUAAUUAACGGAGGGAAAGAUUUACCUUCUCACAAGAUUUACCAUGCCUAUGGGGGCUGUCUUGCCCAGGUAUUAGGCUGGACUUUCUAUACAAAAUGAUGAUGACAACAUUGUAGGGCAGAGUGGGCACCAGAAAUUAAGCAAUGGAUAUUUUUGAAUAUAUAUUUUCUCUUAAGAACCAUCAGAAAUGCAUGGUAGCUUUGAUUUAUGAAAUUAUAUUUGUAUUAAGAAUGGAAAAAGCUAUUUGUAUCAGUGCUUGUGGCUAUAGUUUAAGUAAGGUUCAUUAAUAGGUCAGAUUGUGCCUGAAGAAAAACUGCUGGUCUUUAGUGAAGCUUUUUUAAAGUGACAAUUUAAAGUUGCUCUUUGUAAAUGCUGCUGGAAAUAAUUGUUUGUAUCUAAUUGAUAAUGGUCAUUACUGAUGUGCAGAUGAUACACACAUUACAAUAGUUUACAGCUGUAAAGUCUAUUGUAGUAAGUGCAGUGUAAUUUUCAAGGCUGCAAUUAAUUGCAGAAAUUGCAUAUUAUAAAUUCUAUUCUCAUUUUAAA